CCGCCAAUUCAUUUCACUCUUUAAGCCCACGAGGUGCCGAUGAACCACGGCAACUACCAUACCCUACAGAUUAGCCGGCCCCCAAACCUCAGGCCAAGCCCAUUCCAGCUCGCCUAGCGAGAUAUGACACCGCGAACUAAGUGGACUCUAUGCUGCUAAAACAGACUAAAACAAACUAAAACAUGCAGAAAUACUUGGAACAGCACGUCGCUAACACGUUCCUAGCCGCCCCAUAGGGCCGAACAAACACCUUGCACGGGGGUUAAUACGCCGCUAAGGGACUCCCAGCGAAAAAAAAGGCGUCUGCAGUGCGACGUUGCGUCCGAUGAGGCAACGCAAGCUCCAAGAAGAGAAAGGAGCGGCAGGUCUACUGUAGAUGCGGGAACGCGCAGGCUGACUACACUAAAACUGGUGUUCGGCCGUGAUGAUCUGCCGACGGCCCUCUGCAACGUCGCGGCGGCGGACGGCGACGGCCUGCCUCCGCCUGGAUAAAGCGAGAUAUUUCGCAAGUCAGCUCGCGUCGUUCUGCGAACUUGCGGCGGAGGAUCCUGCGGGAAGCCCCGCGCCGAUAAUGCUGGGGCAAGACAGGUCGGGAAGCGCUGCGACAGGCGGAGAAAUAAGGCCAGAGCAGCAAGCGUGUUAGUCAAUCAUGUUGCAUCGCCCCAGCUUUUUCUCUCCAUGUAAGCCCAAAUCCCUCCCAUCCUGGUGUCUGUCUGCACGCAGUGUGGAAUCUAUUCUCAACAAGGCUGGCUGGUUGGUGCACACAGACGGAAAGUUUCGUGUCCCCCCUUCUUAGAGUGAACGUGCCCCGGAAACAAUGCAUAGAUACAACGCUACUGUGAGGGCCCGUUCAUUGUCUCUGUACUAAGAAAAACGUGGGUGGGCGCGCGCGCAGCCGUGUCUCAAACUCAAAAAUAGCUGAAGAAACAAGCCCAAACCUUCUCGCACCACUUUGCACUAUCUGCACUGCAUUGCAUAGCAGACCUGCCUAAAACGGUAACCCUAACCUUGACGGCACGCCCGAUGAGGCCGACGGAUUGGCCGAGGACCAUGGGGAUGGCUGCAGCUACCGCAGAGCUAGUUGCUUACGGAAGGGGAUCUGCGACGUCUGGCACAAAGAUAUGCCGGAGCUAACGUGUAGACUAACGUUUAGUUGGGUGGGCAGGGGGGCCAGUUGUGGCUUCUGGGGGAAAGAUGAAAUCGCGCCAAUGGAUGCUCACGAAUGGAGAGGCUUUAGCCGCAGAGGCUAGGCUAGAGGAACCACCUGCACCGACGUCGCAAGGUGAGUGGUUGCUGCAGGGGGGAAAUGCAGGCACUGGCAGAGGGUUACAAUGGCUGACAGCGACGCUAAGGAGGAAUUACCCCAUGGGAAGGAGGAGGACCCGGAUGAUGAGGCUGCGAGUAUGAGGCACGCAGCGCAGGCAGCUUCGUCUUCAUUGGUGGUUCUAGAUCCUCUCACAAGGCCCAGAUUGCGACUAGCUGCAGCUGCUGCUCCAGCUACUGCGAUAGCGGGUAUUGUAAUGUAAUCCUUUACAUAUCCGAAGAGGUGCUCCUCCAAAAAGUAGAAAUAGAGGCUGUCUCGCUCCCUCCAGUCCGUGAUAUUGGAUCUUGUCUUAUACCAUCAUCCCCUCUCAGACAUACACACAUCUUCCUCUUCCUCUUCUUCUUCACUUACACAUAUCCAUCAUGCAGACCAAGUUCGCCGCCGUCACUGCCCUUCUCGCCGGCUCUGCCGUUGCCACUCCCUACGCUCCCAACGCCCAGUUCAACGACGGCCCUGCCAAGAUUGCCGUCUACACCCCCAAGUUCGAGGGCUCCGGCAACUUCAUGCCCUCGCGCACCUCGCCCGCCGCCGCUGCUGAGGGUUCUGCUCUCGAGGCCCGCGCCACCGGCGAAAAGGUCUCUGGCUCCAACUACGUCGGCACCAUCAACAACCAGGACGGCAUCGGCUCCGGCACCGACUCCUACAAGUACUACUCUGGCGACGGCACCACUGGCCAGGGUUGGCCCGGCAAGGACAAGUGGGUGUCCUUCGAGAACAUGUUCAACAACUACAAGAACACCAUGUUCAACGGCUGCAGCCAGUUCGGCCAGGCCAACGACUCUGGACCCGAGGUCGGCGCCAUCUACGACGGCAUCCAGGCUGCCGCCAAGGCCACCGGUGUUGACCACCGCUUUAUUCUCGCCGUCAUCAUGCAGGAGUCUGCUGGCUGUGUCCGCGCUCCCACCACAAACUACGGCGUCCGCAACCCCGGCCUGAUGCAGGACCACAACGGCUACUGGACCUGCAACGACAACGGCAAGGUCCAGAACCCUUGCCCCUCCAACGCCAUCUACGGUAUGAUCUCCGAGGGCACUGCCGGCACCAACGACGGCGACGGCCUCGCCAACUGCAUCAACCAGUCUGGCAAGUCCGACGUCAGCGCCUACUACCGCGCUGCCCGCAUCUACAACUCGGGCUCCGUCUCUUCCACUGGCAAGCUCCAGAACGGCAUUGCUACCCACUGCUACGCCUCUGACAUUGCCAACCGUCUUACUGGCUGGGUCUCUGCUGGCUCCAAGUGCACUUGCGACAGCAACCCUUCCAGCUGCGGCAUCGUCACCAACUAAACAAGUCAAACAAAACCCAACAAAACCCAAAGUACAUAUUUGAAGAGUUACAUGUAAACACAACCUUUUUUGUAUAUAUCUAUAGUACAUAUGAAAUAAUGAAAUAUUUUCCAAG